AUGCAAGGUUCGCCAAGGUGGACCCAGGCGGCCACAAUCUACGGCCGCUCCCCGGUUCCUGGGGGCAUCGCUUGGUCGCUUGGGAACUUGGUCGCGGUGGUGACUGAGGAGGCCGUGCACGUUGUCAGCGCGGAGGCCGCCAUCGAGCGCACCCAUGAGGCGGUCGUCGUCGCGCGCAUCGGACUGCCGGACGCGCCUCCCGUCAGUGGGGCGGGGCGCGUCGGGCGGGAGCUCAAGCGUGGCCUCGCACAGCGCCCCGGUUCCAGCGGGCCACGGUCUUCCAGAGCCUUGGAGGCACGGUUCGGGCUCACAAGCUGGGACAGCCACGACCGUGCGGAGAGUUUCGAAGAGGCCGUGGAGCGCGGGCGCAGGCGCGCCUUCACCGGAGUCGCUUGGUCACCCAUGGGGUGCGGGCCCCGUGGCAGCGCUCUGCUCGCCACCGUGGACUCCUCGGGCCUCGUCGGGGUCCAUGUGGUGCUGCCCGCGGGCGGCGACGCCGCGCGGGGCGAGGCCCCCCUGGUCUGCGCCAUCGCGGCCCCGCAGCCGGGCUUGGCCCCCGCGAGCCGAGGGCCUCCCAGCGCGGCGGGCGAGGCGGACGCCGCCCAGGACCCCCCAGCGGCCUGUGCUGCGCGGAGCAGGAAGGCCAGCGCCCAGGCACCGCGGACCAGGAGGCCCCCGCCGCCCCGCUCAGGCGCCCACGACCGCAGCCGCACGCGCCACCGCGCCGACCGGCCGGCCAGCGGCCGCUCCGCGCAGCAGCGGCCGCGCGGCGAGGGCCUGCAGGCGCCGUACGCGCCCGCUCGUGUGGCGUUCUGCCCCUCGCCUCUGCCGGGGGAGCGGGUCGCGCGGCCGCAGUCGGCGCUGCUGUGCGCGGCGCGGGCGUCCCUGGUCGAGCUCUGGCGGGUGGGUGUCGAGCCGUGGGAGUGCACCUGCCUGGCGACCCACCAGCUGGACCUGUGCGGCGGACCUUCCCGCCACGCCCCAGUGAUCACCGCGCUGGCGGUCGCGCCGGCGCGCGGUGCCCGCCUCGCACUGCUGCUUGGCACGAGCAGCGGCGCUGUGCAGGCCCUGCCCGCCCGCGUGCAGGCCUCGCUGCCUGGCAGCGCUGUCGGCCUGGACGCGGAGGAGCCCGGCUGCGUGCUCUCCCAAGCGGUGGAGCUGCAGGGCCCCGGUGGCGCAGCAGUGGCCGUCGUAGCCGAGGCGGCGGAAUUUGACGGGGCGGGCCGCCCGAACUGCGGCGCCGAGACAGCUCGCGGAGCGUGGUUGGUGGCUAUGGCCCAAGGAACAGAGGUGUCCGCCGUGCUGUCGCGCGGCGGCUUGCUUGAAGUGGCCCACGGUCGCUCUUGCUCUGGCGUCGGGCAGCGCUUCAGGAACAGGGCGUGCGCACACGGGCUGCCAGUGAUCUCAUUGCUGAUUGACGCGUCUGGCACGAUGGCAGGGGCGAAGGCGGGCGCGAGCUUCAGCGAGGUGGCGCGGGUGCUCAGCCUGGACUUCUCUGGGCGUGCUGCCUUGUGGCGGCUCUGCGCUGCCGCUGACGGAGAGCUUGGCGCGAUGGAGUGCGAGAUCCGCACCAUGCUGCCCUUGCAGCCGCAAAACUGGCUGACGGCUGUGGAGGUCGCUGCUAUGCACGUGGAUUUCAGGGUCAGCCGUCCGCUGGCCACGGAAACUAUCCGCGCCGGCUCUGUGCAAAGCACCUGCAUGGUCUUCUCUCCGUCCAGGUCCAUGGUAGCCUCUGUGGUAACGCGGCGCAUGGAAAAGACCACGCAGCAGAAGCCGACUUGCCACCUCUUCCUCGCGCCGACGGGGACGGCCUCGCAGAUGUUCCUGUCACUGAUGUGGUCAGCAUGCACCUCGCUCCAGCGCGCACGGGACAGUAAUGCCCUUGGCUUUCAUAUGUGGGACGUAGCCGCCGCCUGGCUCUCCUUGCGCCAAGGGGUAGCGUUCGAGAUCGAGCGCUCCAGAAGGCCCGCUCAGGCCAAUCGCACAGACCACGGCGCAGACGGCCCUGAAGGCGCGGGUGGUACUACGGUGGCGCGCUUACUCGCUUGGCUCUGGGAGAGAGCAGAAUCAGCCGGGCUCGUGACGGCGGUGGCGGGCGAGCCUCCGUUCUUGAAGGGCCCCUUGCAGGAGUCGCUCCUGGAGCGCCUGGAGGCCGAGGUCCGCAGGUGCGUCCGCGAGGGCCGGCAGAUCGAGCACUGCCAGCUGCGGAACGCGCUGCUCGAGCUGGGCUCUCGCAUGCCGGCCGCGCAGGCUGAGCCGAGGGGAGCACCGCCGGGAGGCAGCCGCGAGGCCCUGCGCCAGGACUACUGGGCGUGCCGCGUGCGCGAGGGCUGGCCGCCUGUGAAGAUCGCUCACUGGGCUCGUCGGCCAGCGAGGUCCUUGCCCACUGCCGCCGCGGGUCCCGCAAGCGCCUUCGGCCAGUGGCGCUCUCUGCGCCGUGCCGCUUGUGCGGAGAGGCCGCGACGGCGGACCCGGCGCUCACGAGCGCGUCCUGCGGGUGCCACACGCUGCCCGUCUGCCAGCGGACCCUGGCCCCGCUGCUCGCCGAGCCGCACACCCGGUGCGGCCUCUGCGGCAGGCUGA